AUGAAAGACAAGUCGCGGUCCCCGAAAAAAAAGAACUCCGGCGGUGGAGCAGGUGGCAGCACGCGGCCGUGUAGCGAAUCACCCACAGCGGGGCUAAAAGGCAAGAAUAAAGCUGCACAGAGCAGAAAUCAAGCAUGCCCGGCACAGGAAGUAGACGCUAGUCUUAGUCCUACUCGACGAGGCGGCUCGACAUCCGGAUCUCCGCUGCGCAAAGCGAGUGUCUAUGACGGCUGUUUCUGGCUCCGCGACGACGAGGACGACCGUGAGGAGGAGGAAGAACCUCUUAAAGCGGUAGAAGCUCUUGCCAACGGAACAAUGACAACCACAUCUACAGCAGGUGGAGAAGAUGCUGCUGCUCACCUUUAUUUGGGCAACGUCAACACGAACACGGCUACGUUUUUUGCGAAGGGCCCGAACAAGAUGAAAACAAACCACAAGAAACAGCAUCAUCACCCCCUCCGGUACCACCGCACGCCCCCCUGUUUCGCCGACCACGGGCUCUACUUCACCUUGGGCCCGAUCCUGUCCCCCGAGUCCUGUGAUUUUCUUUGCAGCCGCGCGUUGAGCUCCCGGUACCACGACUGGGUCGCCUUUCCUGACUCGGUGGACGGAAAGCCGGAGCACCAACACUGCAUUUUGGAUGUGGGGAAAAGUCUGCAGGACCCGGUUUUGCUCCCCUUCGUGCAGCAACUCUCAGACGAGGUGAUCUUGCCGCAGCUGCUCAAAUGGAAAAACGAACCAGGAAAGGCCGGUGCUUCUAGUGGUAGUUUUUCGCCAAAAAGAGCAGGAGCUGCCAGAGCAGCGGCCCCUUGUUCAGAAACGACUUCGUCCACUGCUAACACGGAGUUCUUGCCUGCUUCGAACGAUGCGGCCCCAAGCUCAACCAAGACGAAAACUCGCUCCCCAUUCGAGAUGCACUGGGCUUUUCUGAGACGAUACUCCGUAGACACGCGACUGGAAUUUCCGGUGCACCGCGACAAGUCGAGCUUCACGGUGAACAUCCUGCUGUCUGACGAUUACACGGGGGCGGAGCUGUACUUACUGCCGGAUAACACAGAGGCGGAUGCCCUGCCAAUCCAGACGUUUCGCAAACGGUUUCCUGCUAGUAAAUUAAAGGCGGAAUACGCGGUGCGGGCGCAUGGAAAAGGGUAUGCGGUCUGCCACCAGGGACGGCGGUUGCACGGAGUCUUGCCGAUAGAAAGCGGGACGAGGAUUACACUGAUAUUGAUGUACAUUGACAACCUGUAGGAUGAACAAAUGACGAAAAAAAUGUUCUUGCCCUUCAUAGGACUUUUGUAUUGAGAUCGUUGUCAAGCUUUGGCUUUGCGUUUCGCUCACUGAACAAUGAGAUUUGGACCGACGGAGGUGAUCAACACGUGAUAACGAACUUGGAGAUAAUGGAAAGUAGACUGGGCUUUGAAAUAGACAACUCCACACUACAACAGAUUUGAAACGAACUGCCGCGCGCACGAUGCGUAAAUGUAGUUCUUGCAGCACACGUAUUGGAUCGCGUUGAUAUCAACACCAGCGUGUGAUUUAUCUCG